AGCUAGAGGCUGCAUGAGAACAUUUUUAUACAGUAACACUAAAGGAGUAGAAGCCAUUGAAAGAAGACCACUUAAAUUAAUUAGCGGUUGUCAUGGCUACCGGGUCAAAUACAUUACAAAUAAAAAUGGAGGACGUUACAAUUGAUGCAACAAAAAAGCUAAAUAUACCAGUCAAGUACCCAAACUACGCCGAGAAGCACCACAUAUUUGAUCUCUUCCAACACAUGCUUCAGGAGCUUUUAUUGCACAGACCAAAUGACCCAAUAUCUUUCCUUCAGGAUCUUCUAAGGCGUCCCACAGACGUCCCUGGUAUAGUUAUAUACGGUCCUCCAGCAUCUGGUCAGAACACACUGUCCAAACUCAUCGCAAGGAAGCUAAGACUCGUUCAUAUAAAGCCGACCAUUUUAUUGGAAGAAAAUGAAAAUGGAGGCAGUGACAAACAGGAACUAAUUGAGGAUGCCUUACCUGAUAAGCUAGCGUCACUAAUCUACGAACGCCUUCAAAGAGCAGACAGUAAAGCUAAAGGCUGGAUCAUGGAGGGUUACCCACGGACAAGAGAACAAGCUUUGGCUCUUCAGGGUCGUGGUAUUUUAGUCAAGCACUUUGUGCUCCUUGAAGGACCUGACCCUGUACUAAUAGAGAGGUAUGCUGGUAAAAGGGUUGACUCAGUCACAGGAGAUGUCUACCAUGUUAUAUUCAGUCCUCCUGAUGAUCCUCGUGUUGCUGAACGACUCGUUGAAGAGAAGGGCGGAGUCCAGUUCCACAUGCAUUCUAAACUAGAAGCGUAUCACCGUCAUUCUGAACAAAUGUUAAAGUGUUAUGCUGACGUUACUAAGAGAUUCUGCUGCGAUCAACCAAUACAAGACCUGCUAGUAGCAGUUAGUUUGUUCCUUGACACGAGAGAGAGGACCAUGUCCCCCCACAUCCCUCGUGUUGUGUUGCUAGGACCCACAGGAUCAGGGAAGAGUCUUCAAGCCGCUCAACUAGCCGAGAAAUACAGAAUAGUCAACGUUGAUUGUAGUCACUUAUUAAAGCAAGUCUUAGCAUCAGGGUCCACCCUAGGACAACAAAUGAAACCAUUUCAUGACAAGCACAUGCCAAGUACGUCCAGCAACAAUAAUAAUGCCAUGAAUGUGUUUAGUAUUGAUGAUUUAGCCUCUACUGUUGCAUGUACAGUACGUGACUUGAAAAAACAAAUUACACCCACAUAGUGACAGAUUGACCUACAAUGUUGCAGGCUGUGUUCCUGACCACAUGACCAUUAGAAUCACUAUACUCUAUGAUACUACACAAGGAGACUAUACUGUACAUGUACAUG